GGAAGAAUGAGCAGAUAAAUAAACUAUGCGCUUUCAUUGUCCAGGUUUGGUGAAGGCAGAGCAGCGGUACAGAUAUUACUUAAUACUGAGAGUUACGCUCCCACCUCCUCGCGCCUCUCGAAAAUUAUUAUUCGAGACUCUCUCAUAUCUAGAUCAACAUACCAAAUCCGCAGCUAUUUGUUGCAUCUUUAUCUACGAGAUCGGUUCAUUUAUCUGAUAGUUUAAGAGCACAACUGCAUUUGACCUGUUUUUCCCGUUUCAGCGAACGAUUAUAUCUAUUUUAGAUCAAAAUGGCACUCUCAAGCAUAGCGCAGGCCAAAGAGCUCCGAGGCCUCGGACUAGUUGCCUCGCAUUCACACAUCACAGGCUUGGGCCUGGAGAGCGAGACUUCUCUAACCCCGCGCCCGUCAUCGCAAGGAAUGGUCGGCCAGUUGAAAGCGCGUAAGGCAGCCGCUGUGAUCUUGCAGAUGAUCAAAGAGGGUCGAAUCGCAGGACGGGCAGUUUUAGUAGCAGGUCCUCCUUCCACGGGAAAGACUGCUAUUGCGAUGGGAAUUGCGCAGAGUUUGGGUGAGGAUGUGCCGUUCACUAUGGUUGCUGGAUCAGAGAUUUUCAGUUUGGAGAUGAGCAAAACAGAGGCCUUGACCCAGGCAUUCCGUAAAUCCAUCGGCGUGCGAAUCAAAGAGGAGAGCGAAAUCAUUGAGGGCGAGGUCGUUGAAAUUCAAAUCGAUCGAUCGGUGACGGGGGGCAACAAACAAGGAAAGUUGACUGUGAAGACGACAGAUAUGGAGACAGUCUACGAUCUUGGAACGAAAAUGAUAGACGCGUUGAGCAAAGAAAAGGUGCUGGCCGGUGAUGUUAUUACUAUCGACAAAGCUUCAGGCACAAUUUCAAAACUCGGCCGCUCAUAUGCUCGUGCCCGUGAUUACGACGCUAUGGGUGCCGACACCAAGUUCGUUCAGUGCCCUGAGGGUGAGAUUCAAAAGCGCAAGGAGACCGUUCAUACUGUGUCGCUACAUGAGAUCGAUGUGAUCAACUCGCGCACACAAGGAUUCUUGGCUCUCUUCUCUGGCGAUACCGGUGAGAUUCGCUCGGAGGUCCGAGAUCAGAUCAACAGCAAGGUUGGCGAGUGGAGGGAAGAGGGCAAGGCUGAGAUCUGCCCGGGUGUUUUGUUCAUUGAUGAAGUUCACAUGCUCGACAUCGAAUGUUUCUCGUACAUCAACCGUGCUUUGGAAGACGACCUGGCCCCUAUUGUCAUCAUGGCUACCAACCGCGGAAUAUCACGCACUCGCGGCACGAACUACAAAUCGCCUCACGGAUUGCCAGCCGAUCUUCUUGACCGUGUGAUCAUCAUCUCGACUUCCCCUUACUCACCCGAGGAGAUCACCGAUAUUCUCUCUAUCCGAGCAUCGGAAGAGGAGGUCGAGCUGUCUCCUGACGCGCUUGCGAUUCUCUCAAAAAUUGGCUGCGAAACCUCGCUCAGAUACGCAGCGAACCUGAUUGCUGUCUCACACCUGAUUGCCGCGAGACGUAAGUCGUCCACGGUCGAUGUCGAUGACGUCAAGCGCGCAUAUGACUUGUUUUUGGAUAAGGAGCGCAGUGUCAACUAUCUAUCGCAAUUUUCGGAUAGAUAUAUCGGAGAUAACGGAGCAGUGACUUUGGGUGGAGCGGGUCCCGCACCUGUAGCAGAUGCUCCUAUCGUCCCGGCUGUGACGACUGCCAACGAUGCUAUGGAUUUGUCUUAAUCAAAAUUGGGCUGUAGGAGAGGAGGAGACUAUGUAUUUUUACCGCACGUUUACAAUUAAGGAAUCAUCAAGAAU